CUAGAGCAUAUCCUGUUUAAUUGACACCACACUGUUCAGGUGUACUAGACCGAUUAGUUUAAACACACCGACUUUAGUCGCUUUUAACUUGUUUCUUUAAACAGAAAAAUAGAGGACAUGGCAUCUCCUCCUUUUAUGGGAAAUUUACCGAAUCCCGAGGCCAUUUUUGAAUCAUGGUGGCCAAUAAUUAUCGGGAUUAUUGGCGGAGUUGCCUUCGCAUUGAGACAGUAUAUGAGAGGUGCUAAAUGUAUCAGUGACCUGAAACUUGAAGACAAAGUUGCCAUAGUAACAGGAGGUGGCUCGGGCAUUGGGAAACAGUUGGCCAUUGACUUAGCCAAGAGAGGAUGUAAGGUUUACACAACAGCAAGGACACAGGAGCAGGCCCAGACAACAGAGAAAGAAAUAAGAGAGCAGAGCAAGAGUGAGCUGGUUCACUGUAUCGCAUGUGAACUACACAAAUUCUCAUCCAUCAGAAGUUUUGUCUCUGCCUUUAAGAAAAAGGAGGAUGAGCUGCAUUAUCUGGUUCACAAUGCUGGAGUGAUGAUGUGCGAGUACAACAAAACAGAGGACGGGUUUGAAGAGCAGUUCCAGGUCAACUAUCUCGCUCCCUUCCUGAUGACAAGCAUGCUCCUAGAUACCCUGAAGAGUUCCACUCAGAGUCGAGUUCUGCUGACUGUGGCCCCCGCCUACAAACUGGGAACACCCCCCUUCAUGGACUGUCCCCCUCAGGACAAGUACAAUCCCGGAGAAGCAUACGCUCUUAGCAAACUAGCCCUAGUCCUUUUUGGAUUCACUCUGGCUGAAAAACUCAAAGAUGAUGAUGUGCAUGUGCACAGUGUAUUACCAGGAGUAGUCAACACGAACAUUUAUCGACACCUUCCAUUUAGGAAAAGUGCUUUUGUGAGUCUGUCAUUUGCACCGUUUUUAUGGUUCCUGAUGAAAUCUGAUGAGGAUGGAGCACAGACAUUGCUCUAUGCGCUUCUCUCAGAAUCAGCCGGCAAGACCACAGGAAAAAUCUACAAGGAGUGUGCAGAAGUAGAGUUUGCAGACAUCAUAAAGAAUGAAGAAUUACGAGAUGCACUAUGGAAACAGACAAUAAAGUGGACAAAACAGAAGGAAUUAACACAGUAACAAGCUGUUGUAUUCUACAUCAUGGACUUAGAAAUCUGCUGUAAUGCAGUUUUGACAGCGACUAGCUUUAUACAUUGUGCACACUCAUAGAAAGUGUGUUACUGAGCGGUUUGGACAGUAGCUAGCUAUGUGGUGAUGCUUAACAGAAAUCUGCCAAGCAGACUACGAUACAGUAUAUCAGCUAAUUUUGGCACUUAGUAAAUUUGGCUGUUCUGGCUGAUGACAAAACUUUGCCAAAAAUAAGUACAUCAAAAUUUCCAUUUAUAUCAAUCAUAGUUGCAUAAAAUGAAAAUACCCCCAAAAUAUAGCACCAACAUUUCAAACUUCUUUUUAAUGAAUAUCUGCCAAUUAUUCCCAAUGCCAAAAUUACCCGAUAUAUGGUUAAAUCAAUGCUGAGUCCUCCAGACAGAACUUCAUAUAUAUGACUAACAGCUGUUACACUAGCAUAAUAUAUCUAUGUACUUUAUACGUACCCUGAACUACAAAGGUAGAGUGAGUAAAAUAUCUAUUUAUAUUAUAUGUACCCUCUAAUAAAUAUAUAUAAUAGGUGAAAUAUUUUAAUCAGUUAUAUACAUAAAGAAAAAUGUGUCUCUUUUUUGACUUUCUACUUUAUAGUAAUAAAACAUCGUAAACUGGGA